AUGGCCUGGAUAGGCCAUCUCGAAUCUGAAAAUGUGGACGGCCAAGAUUUUCUGAGAGUAAUCGACAGGUCAACGGUCGAGGAUCCAACCACCGAUCGUUCAGAAAAGCGACUUACGAGGUUUUGUUUAAUGGCGGAAACCAAAACUAUGAGGAAACCGGUGUUUACCAAGAUAGAUCAGUUAAGGCCUGGUACUAAUGGACACAAUCUUGUAGCAAAGGUGGUCAGCUCGAAGACGGUGCUGCAGAAGGGUUGUCCAGAUGGACCCCAGGUGCGUCAAAUGCGAAUUGCUGAAUGUUUGAUUGGUGAUGAAACAGGGACAAUUGUUUUCACGGCCAGGAAUGACCAAGUGGAAUUGAUGAAGCCUGAUGCUACUAUAGUCUUAAGAAACGCGAAAAUUGACAUGUUCAAGGGUUCAAUGAGGCUUGCUGUAGAUAAGUGGGGCAGAGUAGAAGUGACUGAGUCAGCCAGUUUCACUGUCAAGGAAGACAACAACCUUUCUUUGAUCGAGUAUGAACUUGUCAAUGUGGUGGAGGAAUGA